UGGGGACUCAAACCGGCACCUGUUUGGAGGGCAGGGUGAGGAGCGGUGAUAACAGACAGGAGACGUGAAAAUGGAGGAGCAUGUGCGAGUUCUCGGCCCAAUGAACGACACCAUUAAUAAAGGAAAAUGUAUGCGGCUGUAUCGCUCUUCGUCCUCAUAUGCUUGACUGCUUCCACCCAUGCAGAGCAACAUUCUUGUCAUCCACCUAAUAUGACAGGAAUCAUGAGUGUGCUGUCCAUGAAGGGCGAUGUGAAAACAUACGGUACAUUCGUUUAUGAUUCAAUGGGCAAGAAACUACGGUUCAGAUCAAACGAGACCACCCCCACCACCUUUAACACCUCACUGAGUUUGGACCUGCUGGUGUUUUUUGAAGAGGAAAUAUUAUACGAGAUUGACAGCAAAAACCAGAGUUGUGAGAAAAAGGCAUUGCACUCCACCAUGAAUUCUCUGGACAUUCCUGACGAUGCCAAGUUUCUGACUACAGUACAUGCUGGAAGUGCAUCCGUUGAAGGAGAGGGAAUAAAAAUCAAUGUAUGGGUGGGAACAGAGACGGGCACAAAAGGCUUCUACUCCAUGAGUGAAACCAUGGGAUGUUUGCCUUUCAGCACAUUCUACUUCUCUGGGUCAACAACACUCUUAUUCAGCCACCUCGACAUUGAAACAGAGAUCAAGGAUCCCGAUCUCUUGAUGAUCCCCUCCUUUUGCCAGGGACUGCCAGUGGAAGAAACACCUGAAGGGACAGUAAACAGUUUCUUCAAUGAGUUCAUGUAGAUGCAGCCUCAUCAGCAGAAAAACCAAAAACCUUAUCUAAGCGUGGCCUGCCAGAACUUUAGACCUUUCUCUCCUUUUCACUCGUAACUCAAGAUUUUCAUGUGACACUGCAAUGCAUCGCGUCUUAUCACAACUUCUACUGCCCUGUGAAGAUAUGGCUCUGAAUGGAUCACAUUGUAUACAUGCAUUUCAAUGUAAAGGAAAAUACAACAACAUGGAUUGUAGAUGUAGUUGUAAUUACUAACAGUUGGUGGCUUUUCCAGUUGGCACUGCUUACAAAAACCUAUGAAAAAUGAUUAAUGAAAAAUAAAAUGUCAAAGCUGUCAAAGGUGCAAA